CUUUUGAGCCGUUAGAUGAAUCGACCGUCUGCGGAUCACACACUUCCAGGAAACGCUGCUUUCUAGUGAGCUGAUGAUGCUGGCAGCGAUAACUCUGGCCUCCCUGGGCCUCUUGGCGCGGGCGGCGGACCUCUGCCCGCCCGCCUGCCGCUGCUUCGACAACCUGACCACGGCCGACUGCCGGGACAACGGCCUGACCCAGAUACCGCCGCUGCCACCCGGAACGCUGAAGCUCUUCAUCUUGAACAACAAGAUCGAGGAAAUACCCGAGAACGGGCUGAAUGAGCUGCAGGUCCUGGACCUGACCCAGAACCAGCUCAGUGCCUCCCUGAACCCGGUUUGGCCCGCCAUGACCAACCUGACCAAGCUGCUGCUGCGCGACAACAACCUGGCGUCUCUGCGUCCGGCCCAGUUCCUGAACUGCCCCGCCCUCGUCUUCUUGGACCUGAGUAAGAACCACAUCGUGCAUCUGACGCCGGGGUUCCUCUAUGGCUUGACCAAUCUGAAGACGCUGUUGCUGAGCAGCAACCAGAUCGAAACGCUGCAGGCGGAGGUUCUGGACGACGUCGUGGGCCUCACAGAACUCCACCUGAACUUCAACAGCUUGAGGGAAAUCGAGAGCGGCGUCUUCAGGAGAUCCGCCAUGUUGAGAAAGUUGGAUUUGUCCAACAACCGGAUAGUAAAAGUGGAGGAUGGGAGCUUCAGAGGAGCGGCUGGUUUGAAACAUCUGGAUCUGAGUGGAAACCAGCUGGUCACCAUUCCAGCCGAUUCCUUCUCCUCUCUGACUGAACUGGACCAUCUGUGUCUGACGAGCAACAACCUGGCGGAUCUGUCGGACAGAUCGCUAUCUGGCCUGAACAACCUGACGGACCUGGACCUGAGUCGGAACCAGCUCUCCUCUCUCCCAAACCAAGUCUUCAAAGACCUGGCCAAGCUCAGGUUUCUGGAUCUCUACAGGAACCGACUGACAGAACUCCCUCCGGACGUCUUCAGGAGUUUGAACAAUCUGUCCGAUCUGCAGCUGGACGGAAACCAGAUCUCAACGCUGCCGCUGGACGUUUUCGCCGCGUUGCACAAACUUCAAGACCUGCAACUGUCUCACAACCACAUCCUGGAGCUCCACGCUGCUCUGUUCGCCAACACGGCGUCUCUGCAGAACCUUCAGCUGGCCCACAACGGCCUGACGCUGCUUCCACAGGGCCUUUUCCACAAGCUGCAGGCGCUCAAAGAGCUUCACCUGCAGUACAACCGCAUCGCUUUCCUCCACCAGUCUGUCUUUGACGGUUUACCAAAAGUCACCAGAGUGGAUCUCUCCUACAACCGUAUUUCAUCUCUACAACCCGACCAGUUCAGGGAGAUUUCCAGGUUAAGAGACUUGAAGCUGGACGGAAACCAGUUGACUGAGCUCCCCUCAAAUCUUUUCACUGCUCUUGGGAAACUUGUGACGCUGGAUCUGGGGAACAACAGUCUCUCGGAGUUGUCCUCAGACACUUUCAAAGGGUUGAUCCACCUUAAGAAUCUGAUUCUGAGCUUCAACUCGCUCCAGAGCGUCCACUACGACGCCUUCCAGGACCUGGGCAGCCUCCACACGCUGCUGCUGCAGAACAACAGCCUGGAGCGUUUACCCGCCGAGCUCUUCCACCCGCUGCCAAAGCUCAGGGAGCUGAACCUGGAGGGAAACCAGCUGGGUCGCCUCAGUCCUGGCCUCUUUCAGAGGCUGAAAGACCUCCAGGAGCUGAGCCUGAGGUCCAACCGGCUCCUGUCUGUGGAGACCAAGACUCUGAAGCCUCUAAAGAAGCUUAGACUCAUCUACCUCUCUGAUAACAUGUGGAACUGUACAAGUGUUGACAUUUCCUACUUGUGCAACUGGGUCAAGGUAAAUACAGAAAAACUAAACGACAAGCCGCUCUGCUACUUCCCGUCUGAAUCAAAGUCGUCCCUCUUCUUACUGGAUCACUGCGCUGCUGUCGCUGCGCGCUGCCUGCCUUCGCUUCCUCUACAACUGCUGACUGUGCUGAUGCCUUCGCUCAUCGCCCACAGCUUCCUCUGAAGAGCUUCACACUUCCUGUGCAACCUCGUCUUUCACGCGUCUGCACUCCAAGAUCAAACGGCGCAGAAGAUCUGAGCAAAUCCGAGACGAAACUAAUACUGAAACUAAAGCCUCACCGUUCGCCACAUUCAAAGGGUUUCAGACCAACUCAAAGACAUCAGGGCUUCUGUAGGUAGAAGGGAAGGAAGAAAUCUCACAAGUUUU